CACGGGCCGGCGCCGGGGCCGCGGUGCUGCUCCCGGAAAGGAGCGGAGCCUCCAGGAAGCCGGUCCCGUGCUGCCGCCGCCACCACCGCGCCGCGGUGGCCGUGAUGUCCUCCGCUCCCAGCUUCCCGCCGUCGGGAGUCUCGGCCGCCGAAUCGGGUGCUGCCGAACAGGAGGUCUCUAACUCCGGGAGGACCCCAUUAUUUCUGUGAUGGUGUGUGAGGACUGACUCCUAGAACGUUGCCUGGUCUUGGACCCAUCAGCAUGGGGAGGAUCGGCAUCUCCUGUCUUUUUCCUGCUUCCUGGCAUUUUAGCAUCUCUCCAGUGGGGUGUCCUCGAAUUCUGAAUACCAAUUUACGCCAGAUUAUUGUUAUUAGUAUCCUGGCUGCUGCUGUUUCACUUUUAUACUUUUCUGUUGUUAUAAUCCGAAAUAAGUAUGGGCGACUAUCCAGAGAUAAGAAGUUUCAAAGGUACUUGGCACGAGUUACUGACAUUGAAGCUACAGACACCAGUAGCCCCAAUGUGAACUACGGUAUCGUGGUGGACUGUGGUAGCAGUGGGUCUCGAAUAUUCGUCUACUGCUGGCCAAGGCACAACGGCAAUCCUCAUGAUCUGUUGGAUAUCAGACAAAUGAGGGAUAAAAACCGGAAGCCAGUGGUUAUGAAAAUAAAACCCGGCAUUUCAGAAUUUGCUACCUCUCCAGAGAAGGUCAGUGAUUACAUUUCUCCACUCUUGAACUUUGCUGCAGAGCAUGUACCACGGGCAAAACACAAAGAGACACCUCUCUACAUUCUCUGCACAGCUGGAAUGAGAAUCCUUCCUGAAAGCCAGCAGAAAGCCAUCCUGGAGGACCUCCUGACUGAUAUCCCUGUGCACUUUGACUUUCUGUUUUCUGACUCUCAUGCAGAAGUCAUUUCAGGGAAACAAGAAGGUGUGUAUGCUUGGAUUGGCAUUAAUUUUGUCCUUGGACGAUUCGAGCAUAUUGAGGAUGAUGAGGAUGCAGUUGUGGAGGUUAACAUUCCUGGUAGUGAAAGCAGGGAAGCUAUUCUCCGUAAAAGGACAGCCGGUAUUCUGGACAUGGGAGGCGUGUCAACUCAGAUAGCAUACGAAGUUCCCAAAACUGUAAGCUUUGCCUCCUCACAGCAGGAAGAAGUAGCUAAGAACUUGUUAGCUGAAUUUAACUUGGGAUGUGAUGUUCACCAGACUGAGCAUGUGUACCGAGUCUAUGUGGCCACAUUUCUUGGGUUUGGUGGCAAUGCUGCUCGACAGAGAUAUGAAGACCGAAUAUUUGCCAGCACAGUUCAAAAGAACAGGCUUCUGGGGAAACAGACCGGUCUGGCUCCUGAUACUCCAUACCUGGACCCCUGCUUACCCCUAGACAUUAAAGAUGAAAUCCAGCAAAAUGGACAGACCAUGUACCUCCGGGGAACAGGAGACUUUGACCUGUGUCGAGAGACCAUCCAGCCUUUCAUGAAUAAAACAAAUGAGACACAGACCUCCCUCAAUGGCAUCUACCAGCCCCCAAUUCACUUCCAGAACAGCGAAUUCUAUGGCUUUUCGGAGUUCUACUAUUGCACUGAAGAUGUGUUACGAAUGGGGGGGGAUUACAAUGCUGCUACUUUUACUAAAGCUGCAAAGGAUUAUUGUGCAACAAAGUGGUCAAUCUUGCGGGAACGCUUUGACCGAGGACUCUACGCCUCCCAUGCUGACCUCCACAGGCUAAAGUAUCAGUGCUUCAAAUCGGCCUGGAUGUUCGAGGUGUUUCAUAGGGGCUUUUCGUUUCCUGUCAACUAUAAAAAUUUAAAGACAGCCUUACAAGUUUAUGACAAGGAGGUUCAGUGGACGCUCGGAGCAAUCCUUUACAGGACCCGUUUUUUACCCUUAAGGCUGCUUCCUGGUGGUCGUGCUCUCCAUCCUCCUGUACCUGCUGCGGCUCCGGCGCAUUCACAGGCGCACACCGCGCAGCGCUUCGACUGCCACCCUCUGGCUGGAGGAAGGCCUUCCGUCCCAGAAGAUUGCCGGUACCUUGUGAACGGGAAUUCGAGAGCCCAGCGAGACUUUCUGAAGGAAAAGCCAUUUUUUGCCUCAGGGUUUCUCCUCUUUAUUCUCAUUUGGUUUUGUUUUUCCUUUCCCAAUUUUUGUUCCUUGAAACAAAAACAAAAUCCAUUGUUUGUAAGCUCUGCUGUCCCAGAAGUACUGCGUUUAGCCGUUUUGCAUAUAGCUUUAAGUUGAGCAGGGAAAAGGGAAAAUCACUUCAUUCUUGCUGCGUAGGAUGGCUACCUAAGACUUUCUGUUUUUCUUUGAGGUAUGUUAAAUUUUAAACAGAUGCACUUUUAUACUGGAGGGAAUGGCAAAGCUGUUUUCCAUCAGAGGAGGUAGCACUGAGAGUGAUGCUUUCUCAGAACCAGAACCUGACUGACUGAAUCAUAGUCCUCUUUUUGUUUAGCUCAAAAGCUCUGACCUACACAGGGUGAUGUGUGGUUUUUAGUUCUUGUUCAGAUCUGUCACUAUAUGUUUUCUUUGUAGGCUUAAAAAAUCAAAACCAUUUAUACCUGAGAUAGAAAUAUAGGAACCAGGAGGUAACUAUUUUUAAAAUUGAUAAUCCUGGAAGAUGUGAAAUAAUGACUACAGCAGUGUGUGUGUGUGUGUGUGUGUGAGUGUGUGAGAGAGAGAAUGUGUGUGUGAGAGAAUGUGAGAGAGAAUGUGAGAGAAACUGAAAUGUUUUUGUGU